CUCUGUAAUUGUCAUUAUCAUUAUGAUAGCUUUAGAUGGCUCCACUCCUCUUCGCAGAUAUAAGUUUGGUCUCCCCCCUUUCUUAUCUACGCUGCUUCUGUUCAUCUUCCUCGGUACUCUUCUCUAUGGCUCCCUCAAUCGGAAGCCAGGAGGCGAAGACUAUCUGCGUCAUGGACGCUUCUAGCAGGAUCGGCGCCGCCCUCGUGGACCGACUACUUCGCCGGGGUUACACCAUUCACGCUGCAGCCUUCGGCCGUGGGGAUGAGGGGAAGGCGGCUAGCUGGAGCGAGAGCAAGCGGGUGAGGAUUUUCAGAUCGGACCCUUUGGAUUACCACAGCAUUGCAGAUGCCGUCCGGGGAUGCUCCGGCGUAUUCUACUCGUUCGACACUGAUUCCUACGAUGAAUUCAUGGUGGAGGUGGAGGUGAGAGCUGCGCAUAACGUAUUAGAAGCUUGCGCGCAGGCUGACACAGUAGAGAGGGUUGUGUUCACUUCUUCUGUGACUGCUGUCAUAUGGAAGGAGAACCGCAAGCUUGCUGAGGAUGUUGAUGAGAGGGAUUGGAGUGAGCCAAACUUUUGCAGGAAAUUUAAGCUAUGGCAUGCACUUGCAAAGACUCUAUCUGAGAAAACAGCCUGGGCACUGGCAAUGGAUCGCAGCGUUAACAUGGUGUCGGUGAACUCGGGGCUCCUCAUAGAGACCGAGCUCUCACCAUCGAACUCAUAUCUGAAAGGCGCGCCAGAAAUGUACGAAGAUGGUGUGUUGGUGACAGUCGAGCUCAAACUACUAAUUGACGCUCAUAUCUGCAUCUUUGAGAGCGCAGAUGCCUUCGGACGAUAUCUAUGCUUCAAUCAUGCCAUUUGCCGCCCCGAAGAUGCCGUUAAACUCGCCCAAAUGCUCUCACCCCUGGCACCGAGCCCUCCUCCCAGUGAUGAAUUAAGAGUGAUUCAGGAAAGGAUCCGGAGCAAGAAGCUGAACAAGCUGAUGCUGGAAUUUGGAGAUGAAUUGCAAGUAGCAGAAUAGGCAUGUGGUAAUCAAGGAUGUAUAGUCCAUUGAUAAUUAUUUAUGGUGCUUUCCAAGCUUACAGCAUUUAUUUAUUGUAUCAUUGUAUUCUGGCAUUCAUAUGAUAGUAUUAUAACAUUCACUUUAAAUGUUCAGUAGGUUGUCUCUGCUUCUGUUCAGUAUGUUUUCUUUGCCUAUGUUGGUUAUGUAUGUCAAUAAAAAGGUGAAAUUUAUUCAAAUAUAAAGUAGAAAAAUGAGUGAA